GCCAAGAUGUUCCCCAACAUGAGCAUGCAGUUCCUCGUCAGAGUCUCUUCUCCACCGCACCUCACUGUGUCCCCCGCUGGUCUUGCCUGCACCCCGGUCCUGGAGGCCCAGGCCUUCGCUGUCCUCCCGAACUCCUCCUUGGCUCCUCUCUUCCUGCUUGGCAUGAGUGCGAACGCUUCUGUGGAGGUCGGCGCCAUGUCCGACAGGCUUGUGGGAGAGCUCAGCUUGGACAAGCUGCUCCUGGAACUGAAGCACUCAGACAUCGGCCCCUUCUCG